AUGCUAAAAUCUGACCAACUGUUGACGAGGGCUGUAUCGGAGAGAUCAAGGCACAGCAUAGAGCCCUUGGUUCCAUCGACAGCCACAGGGCUGUUCAAACUUCUAUCAAGCAUCUCUUCGGAGGAGCAGGGGAACCUCGGGAGUGGCGACAGCCUUCAGAGUCAGAGUUGCCAGCUGCAGAGGUCUCAGAGUGCUGGGCAGACAACGAAGAAAGAACGCAAGCCCCGGAGGCGGAACAAGAAAGGACAAGGCUCAGCUGAGGCAGAGGAUCUCUUCACUUCGUCUUGUCGGAAACCUUCCUUUCCUUUCCAGUGGGCUUGGGAAAGCUUCAUCAUAGAUGGCCAGACUCUGCUUCAGCAAAGUUCCUCUGUGGCCCUGGGCCACCGAUCCCUACUUUUGCCCCCAGCAGCUCCCCAGCUCAAGUCCAGACUCAAGUCGGUAGCCAGCCUCUCAGAAGACACUGGUUUUGGCCAGAAGACUGAAGUGCAAACCCUGGAAAGGAGGCAUCAGCUGGGAGGCUGUAGUAGCAUCACCCUCCCUGUGGGCAAAGCAGAAAGCCAAGGGCUGGAUCGGUGUAGCCAGGGUGGCUUCUGCCCACCAGGAAAAGGGUCAGGGUCAGAGUCUGAGGAUGUUUUAGAAGGCCAGAAUGCUGAGGUGAUAGAGAGGGUUCAGAGCCCUGGGGAACUGCCCCAGCUUCCAGGGAGGGGCUUGAUCUUGGAGGAGGAGUGGAUCUCAGAGGUGACUGAGGAGGAGGAAAACAGAGCUCCCCGAAGGAGGAAGGGCAGUUCUUAUGAUAAGGGAAGGAAUUCUGGAGAGAAGGCAUCAGAAGAAGGGGAGCUGCAGGGCCACAGCCAGAGAAGCAGCUCCAGUUCCAACAGCCUCCAAAAGUCACAGAGAGGGAAGCCAAGGGCCAAGGACCUCAAGGGGCCCUGGGACCUGGAGCGACUACACAGGCAGUUACAGGAGGAAUUGGAUUGCGGUCCCCAAAAGCAGACCUGGAAUGCUUUGCGGGCAGCUGUCCAGGCCUCUGCCAGAAAUAGGAAGACCCCUUUCUUGGGAGAUGAUGAAAGUUUCUUGUCUGCCAACUUCCCUAAUCGCACCUUCCAUAAAAGACAGGAGGCCACCAGGACGUUGGCUCUCUGAGACACAUACUUCCUCCCACAGUCCCUCUAUGCACCCUGACCUUCUUUGAAUCUCCCGAUCCCCUAUGGACAUCUCUCUUUCCUUACCAGAAACCUGCUGCAGGCUUGGGAACGGCAGCAGCUGGAGGAGCGGCAGCAGGCUGAGAUGCGCAGGGCUCGGGAGCACCAGGUGCAGCAACAGGUGGCUCGCUGUCUGGCAGCCUACACCCCCCGGGGGAGCAAAGGGGCCCUGGCUGCUCAUCGCAAACUAGAGGAGCUGAGGCGCAAGGAACGACAACGUUUUGCUGAGUACCAGGCGGAGCUGCAGGGCAUCCAGCACAGGGUGCAGGCCCGACCCUUCCUGUUCCAGCAGGCCAUGCAGACCAAUGCCAGGCUCACAGCAAAUCGGCGCUUCUCCCAGGUGCUGUCAGCACUGGGAGUAGAUGAGGAACAGCUGCUGGCUGAGGCAGGCAAUGCAGAGAGCUUCUCUCGGAAGCACAGGAGCCACCGGUCAUUUGGAGUAGAAAUGGAGCACUCUUUUCAGAACCCCCCAAAGAUAGAAGCCACCAGCCAUCAGUCUGGAAGACUCUCCUCCCCGACCCUGAACCCAGCACAGUCCCUGAGAUAAAAAUUAAAUGCUUAUGGCAAGUA